AUGUACAGGACCAUGCUGCUGCUGGCUGUGGUGGCGUCCGCGCUGUCCUUGCGCCAGCUGGCCACGGCCUCGUCGCCGGAAAUUGUCCGUACCACGCGCGACCGGGAGGCCAUGUUCAAGACGCUACACCUACUGCGGGAGAUGGAGGACGCCUUCGGCAAGCUGUCGCGGCCCAGCUGGACCGUCGGGACAGGGCGUCAGCUAGGUAGUGAGCUGCCAACGGAAACCCUCUGGGUACAGAGACGGGCUACCGGCAGAAUUAGCCCCGAACAGUACCUGCGGCUGCUGAACAUCGACAGGGAGUACUCCCACCGGAGUAGACCUAGGUAG